UGCAACUGUCUGGUUUCCAGUUCCACAGCUGAAGCUGGGAGGUUAGCUCUGUGCUGUUUCAGAUCUUGUAUAUAUACACCCUUUUGUCUGUUUCCUCCAGACCCACCAAGCAAUUAUCUUUCAGAUCAAUCUCAGAUCAAGCAUAUAUCAAGCAUAUAUCAAGCAUAUAUCAAGCAUAUAUCAAGUACACAACAACCACACACCAAAUCAUGGAGUUCAAACCUGCUUCCAAACUUCAGAAGGCUGUCAGAAAGUAUGUCACCUAUCCUCUUUUUCUAGCAAAGUUGGGUGUCAAUCUUGUGAUCGAUAGGCUUGCUGUUUAUCUUUUGGAGCUCCUCAAAAAGGACCAGGUUCUAAAGCAAAACAAAGGCUUUCUCUACUUGAAAAAAAUAGAUCAACAGCUAUUUCCCUCCUUAUUUUUCCACUUCAAAGAUCAAGCCUUGGGCGAAUCCAUCAACUACAAUCCUGCCAACAAUUCUCUUAUCUGGGUCGAUGGUUUCACUGGCGAAAUCCACAGGCUCUUUUUGCCAGCCAACUCAUCUGAAGUUGACGAAUUCACCCAAGAUCAAUUGGACCAAAUUGCUCAAUCCCACGAACACUUCAAUGUCGAAGAAAGGAUAGGCUCUGUAGCCUUAACUGCCGAUAACGAUAUCCUAAUGGCUUGCUGCAAUCAUAGCAUGGGCAUUAUAAAUUUCAAAGACAAGUCCUACAAAAAUGUUAUCCCAUUAUUGACCAAAGAAGAGGCAAAAUAUCUAAGAAUGAACGAUGGUAUCGUCGAUCCUAAUGGUAAUUUCUGGGUUGGAACCAUCGAUAUCGACUGGGGUAUUCCUUCAAUAGCAAAUUCAAACAACUUCCUAUUUUUCAUCAAUGCAAAGACAUUAAAGGCCACAAAAGUCUUUGAUAAUAUUACAAUGUCAAAUGGAAUGGCUUUUUCUAAGGAUCUAACCAAGUUUUUUCACACUGAUACUCUAAUCUUUAAAAUAUUCAAAUACGACUAUGAUCAAGCAACAAACAAAAUCUCAAACAAAUCUCUCUUUAUCGAUAUAAGUAAAUACUAUCCAGGGAAACUAGUUGCUCCCGAUGGUAUAUGGAUCUCUGAAGAUGACGAACUAUUUGUUGCAAUCUGGGGUUCAAAUGAGGUCGCAAGAUUCAAUAAGUUUGGUAAGUUGAUAAAAACCUACCACAACGACCAAACUGCAAACGUCUCUUGCCCCAUCUUAGGUGGCAAAAAUGGUAAUGAAUUAUACAUUACAACUGUCGUUCCUCAUCUUGAUUUUGUUAAUGACCCUGAACCAAAUCCUUAUGAUGGUGCUCUUUACAGAAUCAAAUUGGAAGAUUCAGUCAAAGGCCAAAAAAAAUUCAUAUGGGGAGGUCCAGUUGAUCCCAAUGAAUACCCAAAUCAAUCCUAUUAAAUGAAAUCAAAUAAAAUAAGAUAGCUUAUUAUUUAUAUUUAUAUAUAUAUUUAUAUAUAUAUUUUUUGUUAUUUUUUUACUCUAUUUUAUCUUUAUUUUAUCUUAAUCUUUAUUUUGCUGGUUUUGAUUUGAUUUGAUUUGAUUUGAUUUGAUUUGUUUUGCUUUGUUUUGUUUUCUUCCUCUUUCCUGUUUAUCUUUUGCUUAAAUAGCUCUUGCUAAUUUACAACCCAUCUUCUCUUUCUCUUCCAUUCAUUCUCUUCUUCAAUACACCUUUUGUUGCCUUUGAGUAAAAAAACAACAAAAAAACACACAAAAGCAUUUCAAUGCAGAUCAAAAUAAAUUUCAGAAUCCAUCCACACGGAUCUCAAAAUUGACCUAUAAAAAGAAAAGCAAAUAACGACUUAUUCCAGU